AACAGCUUAACUAUGGCUAGCUAGCAAAAAGUCACAACUGGAUAGGAUAUCAAUUAGCAAGCAGCAGGUUAGCGACCCACCUUUUCAUUUUCAAGAUAGACAACAGUGGAAGCCUUGCUACAUAUACCGCCCUUCCAUUUCAUUUGCCCUACAGCAUUCAGCUCUUGCCUUCCUAUACUCCUUUGAGAACACGCUCUCUUUGUUUUUCCUGGUUUCUUGAAUGGAUCUUGUAGCUGCUUUUAGUUUUAUUUUCUUUGGUUUUACCAUCUUGUUCUCUUUGUUUUCUUUCUUGAUAUAUGUUUUGAGGCUGAAACCAUGGUGUAAUUGUGAUGUUUGCAAGACCUAUCUUUCUUCAAGCUGGACCAAAGAUUUUGCUAAUCUUUGUGAUUGGUACACUCACCUUCUUAGAAAAUCAAAAACUGGUACUAUUCAUGUCCAUGUUCUUGGCAACAUCAUCACUGCUAAUCCUGAAAAUGUUGAGCACAUGCUCAAGACGAAAUUUGAGAACUACCCAAAAGGGAAACCUUUCUCUGCACUCUUGGGUGAUCUUUUGGGUAGAGGUAUUUUUAAUGUUGAUGGUGAUCAUUGGAAGUUUCAGAGGAAAAUGGCAAGCUUGGAAUUAGGGAGUGUUUCCAUAAGAAUGCAUGCUUUUGAUCUCAUAAUGUCUGAGAUUCGUAGCAGGCUACUUCCUCUCUUGUCAUCAGUUGCUGAUGAACAACGAGUUUUGGAUUUGCAAGAUGUGUUCAGAAGAUUUUCUUUUGAUAACAUUUGCAAAUUCUCAUUUGGGUUAGACCCCGGAUGCCUCGAGUUAUCUUUGCCUGCUUGUAAAUUUGCUGCAGCUUUUGAUACCGCAUCAAAGUUAUCUGCUGAGCGAGCCCUAGCGCCAUCACCAAUAGUCUGGAAGAUCAAGAGGCUACUAAGCAUAGGCUCAGAAAAGGAACUUAAAGAAGCAAUCAAGAAGGUGAAUGAGUUAGCUGAGGGAAUGAUAAAUGAAAGGCGAAAAGCAGGCUUCUCUAAGAACAAUGAUUUGCUAUCAAGAUUCAUGACGUCCAUAACUGAUGAGAAGUAUCUCCGAGACAUUGUUGUAAGCUUUCUCUUAGCCGGUCGCGACACUGUUGCUUCAGGCCUAACCAGUUUCUUCUGGCUAUUAUCACAACGUCCAGAAGUGGAGUCAGCAAUUCGAGCGGAGACAGAAAAGGUCAUGGGGUUGAAUCAAGACCUUCCUAGCUUUCAAGAAAUGCGUGAAAUGCAUUGCCUAAAUGCUGCAGUUCAUGAAAGUUUGAGACUGUACCCCCCAGUACAAUUCGAUUCUAAGUUUUCUCAAGAGGAUGAUAUACUUCCUGACGGUACAUUUGUGCCUAAAGGGACUAGAGUAACAUAUCAUCAAUAUGCAAUGGGUCGAAUGGAGCAGAUUUGGGGACCGGAUUGUCUCGAAUUCAAGCCUGAAAGAUGGUUAAAGAAUGGAGUUUUUGUGCCCGCAAAUCCUUUUAAGUAUACUGUUUUCCAUGCUGGGGUUAGGAUUUGCUUAGGCAAGGAAAUGGCCCUAGUGGAGAUGAAAGCUGUUGCUCUUGCUAUAAUCCGAGGGUUUAACACCCGGGUUGUGGAUCCGAAUCAAGUACCAAGAUUCAGCCCGGGUCUUACAGCCACCGUUAGAGGUGGCUUACCGGUUGUGGUUCAAGAAAGGGAAGCCUGAAAACACAUCAGCUGCCUAACAAUUUUAGGACAUGCAUGUAGGGCAUGCCCUUAGAGGUUAUUGGCAGACAGAUGAUUUUAAUGGGUCAAAUAGGCGCAUGUGCCCUUGUGGUGGCUAUUGGUCAGUGCACAUGACCUUGAAAUGCUGUACAUAUUAGCUUAAUUGGAUGUUCUCUUUUCUUCUUUCUUUCGUUCUUUCUUUAUGCAAGUAUAUAUGGAAUGUUAUGUCUCCUCUCCUUUUUAACUA